UCUCUCUCUGCGUCUCUCUCCAGCUCAUUCCGUGUGUUCCGUUCGGACUGAGUGAUCCUCGCUAUGCUCGCGUCCUUCUCUCUGCGCACCGCACCGGCGCUUUUCUCCCGAUGCUGAUAUGAGCGCUAAAGCGGCGCCUCGUCUUCCCGCCCGAGCUGGAUGUCUAUGCGCGGCUUUAAUCGGCGUCAAGAACUCGGCAUUAAGGCGGAAUUAACGGCGGACGCCACCGCCAUGGGCAAAUUCGAGCGCGUCUGGCUCAUUUUUGCAGGUCUCAUCACCGCCGCCAGCGGUCAGUCGUGUGGCGGUUUGGUGCAAGGCCUGAAUGGAACCAUAGAGAGCCCUGGUUUCCCUCACGGUUACCCCAACUAUGCCAACUGCACGUGGAUCAUAUUGACGGGAGAAAGGAACCGAAUACAGCUCUCCUUCCACACCUUCGCUCUGGAGGAGGACUUUGACAUCGUGUCCAUUUACGAUGGACAGCCACAGCCAGGGAACUUAAAGAUGAGGUUGUCUGGCUUCAUGCUGCCAUCGCCGAUUGUAAGUUCGGGGUCUAUAUUGGCACUGUGGUUCACUACAGAUUUUGCUGUGAGUGCUCAAGGAUUUAAAGCAAUAUAUGAAGUGCUGCCAAGUCACACGUGUGGAAAUCCAGGAUUGAUACCAAGAGGAAUCAUUCACGGGACGAGGUACAAUAUCGGGGACAAAAUCCGUUACACCUGCGUGAUGGGAUACGUCCUGGAAGGCCAUGCUGUGCUCACGUGUAUCGUGAGCCCUGGGAGUGGUGCAUCAUGGGAUUUCCCAGCACCAUUCUGUAGAGCUGAAGGAGCAUGUGGCGGCACGUUAAGAGGGACAACAGGAACAAUAUCCAGUCCUCACUUCCCCUCAGAGUAUGAGAACAGUGCAGACUGCACAUGGAGUAUUUUGGCUGAGCCAGGAGACACCAUUGCAUUGGUGUUCACAGACUUCCAGCUGGAGGACAGAUAUGACUUUCUGGAGAUCAGCGGCACAGAAGCGCCAUCAAUAUGGCUCACUGGCAUGAAUCUGCCAUCACCCGUCAUAAGCAGCAAGAACUGGCUGCGGCUGCACUUCACAUCUGACAGCAACCAUCGGCGGAAAGGAUUUAGUGCCCAGUACCAAGUGAAGAAGGCCAUCGAGCUGAAGUCCCGAGGUGUGAAAAUGCUUCCAAAUAAGGACACUAGCCACAAAAAUGCAGUCUUGAGCCAAGGAGGAUUGACUGCAGACAUCUGUCCGGAUCCAGGGAUUCCAGAGAAUGGGAAACGAAUUGGCUCCAGCUUCCAUGUUGGAGCCAGCAUCCAGUUCUCUUGUGAUGACAGCUAUGUGCUGCAGGGAUCAAAGAGCAUCACUUGCCAGAGAGUGACGGAGACCCUGGCCGCCUGGAGUGACCACAGGCCGAUCUGUCGAACAAGAACAUGUGGAUCGAACCUGCGAGGUCCCAAAGGUGUAAUCACCUCUCCGAACUACCCUGUCCAGUACGAGAACAACGCCCACUGUGUGUGGGUCAUCACAGCCUUGGAUCCUGAGAAGGUCAUUAAAUUGGCGUUUGAGGAGUUUGACCUUGAAAGAGCUUAUGAUACAUUAACAGUGGGUGACGGAGGAAAGAUCGGUGAUGCCAGAAGAGUGCUCUAUGUUUUGACAGGCUCCAGUGUGCCUGAUUUGAUUGUGAGUAUGAGCAACCAGAUGUGGCUCCAUCUCCAGUCUGAUGACACCAUCGGCUCUCAGGGCUUCAAGGCCAUUUAUGAAGAGAUUGACAAAGGAGGAUGUGGAGACCCAGGAGUCCCAGCCUAUGGCAAGCGUAAGGGGGAGAGUUUUUUGCACGGCGACGUGCUGACCUUUGAGUGUCAGGCUGCCUUCGAGCUGGUCGGAGAGAGGACUAUAUCUUGCCAGCAAAACAACCAGUGGUCUGGAAACAAACCCAGCUGCGUCUUCUCUUGCUUCUUCAAUUUCACUGCACCAUCAGGCAUCAUCCUCUCCCCCAACUACCCUGAAGAGUACGGCAACAACAUGAACUGUGUGUGGCUUAUCAUAGCCGAGGUGGGCAGUCGGAUCCAUCUCAUUUUCAGCGACUUCGAUGUGGAGCCUCAGUUUGACUAUCUCAUUGUGAAGGAUGACGGGAUGCCCGAGCCCACCACAUUUGGCACCUUCUCUGGAAAGGACGUGCCCUCACAGAUUGCCAGUAAUGGGAACAUUAUGCGCCUGGAGUUUCAGUCAGACCACUCCAACACGGGGAAGGGCUUCAACAUCACCUACACGACCUUCGGCCAGAAUGAAUGUCAUGACCCAGGCAUCCCCAUUAACGGCCAGCGCUUCGGUGAGCACUUCUUACUUGGAAGCUCGGUCCUCUUUACGUGCGACGAGGGCUUCAUCAAAACGCACGGCUCGGAAUCCAUCACUUGUGUCAUCCAGGAUGGCAACGUCGUAUGGAACGCGGCUGUGCCCCGUUGUGAAGCUCCCUGUGGUGGGCAUUUAACUGCUCCGGGAGGAGUUUUGCUGUCCCCCGGCUGGCCUGGCUACUACAAAGACUCUCUCAGCUGUGAAUGGGUGAUUGAAGCCAGGAAGGAUCAUGCUAUUAAGAUUUCUUUUGACAGGUUUCAGACAGAGGUUAAUUAUGAUACGCUGGAAGUUCGAGAUGGGCCUUCCAAUUCCUCCCCUCUGAUUGGCGAGUACCACGGCACUCAGGCGCCCCACUUUCUUAUCAGCACUGGAAGUUCCAUGUACCUCCUGUUCACCACCGACAACAGCCGCUCCAGCGAGGGCUUCCAGAUCCGCUAUGAGAGUAUCAUGAUGGAGAGUGACUCAUGCUUGGAUCCUGGGAUUCCUGUAAAUGGCAAGAGGCAUGGUGAUAACUUUGCCAUUGGCUCCCAGGUGACUUUUAGCUGUGAUAAGGGCUACACUUUGAGUGAUGAUGAGCCCAUUGUCUGCGAAAGGAACCAUCAGUGGAACCAUGCUCUGCCUAGCUGUGAUGCUUUGUGUGGUGGGUAUGUCCAUGGGAAAACUGGAACUAUUCUCUCUCCCGGGUUUCCGGAUUUCUACCCAAACUCUCUGAACUGCACGUGGACCAUAGAAGUCUCUCAUGGCAAAGGGGUACAGCUGGUUUUUCACACAUUCCACCUGGAGGACUCGCACGAUUACUUGCUCAUCAUGGAGGACGGUAGUCUCAACGAACCUGUGGCUCGGCUCACAGGCUCCGUCCUGCCUCCCUCUAUCAAAGCGGGCCUGUUCGGAAACUUCAGUGCCCAGAUCCGCUUCAUCUCUGACUUCUCCAUGUCUUACGAGGGUUUUAACAUCACUUUUUCAGAGUAUGAUCUUGAGCCAUGUGACGAUCCCGGUGUGCCAGCCUACAGCAGGAGGGUGGGUUUCCAGUUUGGUGUAGGUGACUCAUUGGUGUUCACCUGCUUCUCGGGCUACCGGCUGGAAGGAGAGAGCAAACUCACGUGUCUGGGAGGAGGCAGGCGUGUCUGGAGUGCAGCCCUGCCCAGGUGUGUGGCCGAGUGCGGCGCCGCCUCAGUAGGCAGUGAAGGAGUUCUCCUGUCCCCUAACUAUCCAGCUAACUAUGACAACAACCACGAGUGUAUUUAUCGCAUUCAGACUGAUAACGGCAAGGGGAUCCAGCUCAUGGCCAGCGACUUCCAGCUACGUGAUGGUGACUUCCUCCAGAUUUAUGACGGUCAAGACAGUUCAUCGAGACUGCUGGGCAACUUUACACGAAGUGAAAUGGCCAACAUCAUAAACAGUACCUCCAACCAUCUGUGGAUCGAGUUCAAUAGUAACGGGACGGGAACCAGCAAAGGCUUCAAACUGAUAUACACUAGCUUUGACCUUGUGAAAUGUGAAGAGCCAGGCACUCCUAACUACGGCUACAAAAUUCAGGACGACGGCCAUUUUGCCAACACGUUCGUUCUAUACAGCUGUAAUCCUGGUUACACACUGCAUGGCAGCAGCACACUGACCUGCCUGAGUGGAGACAGACGUGUUUGGGACAAACCACUGCCAUCAUGCAUGGCGGAGUGUGGAGGACACAUCAGCGGUGCCACAUCUGGCCGCAUUCUGUCUCCUGGUUACCCUGCGCCGUAUGACAACAACCUUCAUUGCACCUGGUCUAUUGAGGCUGAUACAGGGAAAACCAUCAGCCUUCACUUCAUCGUCUUCGACACCGAAGUGGACCACGACAUCCUGAAAGUGUGGGACGGCCCAGCCGAGAAUGGCAUCCUGCUGAAAGAGUGGAGCGGCUCUCUCUUACCCGAGGACACGCACAGCACCUUCAACAUCCUCACGCUCCAGUUUGACAGUGACUACUUUAUCAGCAAAUCUGGCUUCUCCAUCCAGUUCUCCACUACAACAGCCACCACCUGCAACGACCCAGGCAUCCCCCAAAAUGGCACUCGCUACGGGGACAGCAGAGAGCCAGGAGAUACAAUUUCCUUUCAGUGUGAUCCAGGCUAUCAGGUUCAGGGAGUGUCUGAGAUUACCUGCGUUCAGCUCAACAACCGCUUCUUCUGGCAGCCCGACCCCCCGACAUGCAUAGCUACCUGUGGAGGCAAUGUGACAGGACCUGCUGGAGUAAUUCUAUCACCAAACUACCCCCAGCCCUACCCACCAGGAAAGGAGUGUGACUGGCGAAUAAAAGUCAACCCAGACUUUGUCAUUGCGCUAAUUUUCAAAAGCUUCAACAUGGAGCCCAGCUAUGACUUUCUGCAUAUCUACGAGGGUGAAGACUCUAACGGUCGCCUGAUUAACAGUCUUCAGGGAAGUCAGGCUCCCGAGCGCAUCGAGAGCAGUGGGAACAGCCUCUUCCUGGCAUUCCGCAGUGACGCCUCGCUCGGAAUGUCCGGCUUUGCCAUUGAGUACAAAGAAAAGCCAAGGGAAGCCUGCUUUGACCCUGGAAACAUUAUGAAUGGAUCACGGCUUGGGAUGGAUUACAAACUUGGCUCUGUAGUCACGUACGAAUGCGAUUCUGGCUACACAACCAUGGGUCCUGCUACUCUUACCUGCAUCAUUGGCAGCGAUGGGAAACCCAUAUGGGACAAGCCUCUCCCUACAUGCAAAGCUCCAUGCGGUGGACAGUACACAGGAUCAGAGGGAGUCGUGCUAUCUCCAAACUAUCCACACAAUUACACUACAGGCCAGACAUGCACCUACUUCAUCACUGUCUCUGGAGAGUUUGUGGUCUUCGGGCAGUUUGCCUAUUUCCAGACAGCUAUGAAUGACUCAGUCGAACUGUUUGAUGGGCCAAAUCACAAUGCCAGGCUUCUGAGCUCCCUAGCUGGCUCUCAUUCUGGCGAGACCUUGCCUUUGGCUACUUCAAACCAGAUCAUGCUGAGGUUCACUGCCAAGAGCGGCCCUUCUGCCAGGGGAUUCCACUUUGUUUACCAAGCUGUUCCACGCACCAGUGACACGCAAUGCAGUUCCAUCCCCGAGCCCAGAUACGGCAGGCGGAUCGGUUCGGAAUUCUCAGCCGGCUCCAUUGUUCGAUUCGAGUGCAGCCCAGGAUACCUGCUACAGGGAUCCAAAGCCAUUAAGUGCUACUCGGUCCCCAAUGCACUGGCACAAUGGAACGACACCAUCCCCAGUUGCAUAGUUCCAUGCAGUGGGAAUAUGACAGAGAGGCGAGGCACAAUCCUCUCCCCUGGCUUCCCAGAGCCCUAUGGGAACAGCCUGAACUGUGUGUGGAGAAUCAGCGUCACCGAAGGAGCCGGGAUUCAGAUCCAAGUCAUAAGCUUUGCAACAGAGCAUAACUGGGAUUCCUUAGAGAUCUAUGAUGGCGGUGAUAUGACUGCGCCAAAGCUUGGCAGUUUUUCAGGUACAACAGCACCAGCCUUGUUAAACAGCACGUCUAACCAGCUCUACUUACACUUUCAUACUGAUAUCAGCGUCGUCGCUGCUGGAUUUCACCUGGAGUACAAAACUGUAGGCCUGACCGCAUGUCCGGAGCCAGUUGUGCCGGCCAGUGGCAUUAAGAGUGGGGAUCGGUACAUGGUGAACGAGGUGGUGUCGUUCAGCUGCGAGCCAGGAUACGUUCUGCAAGGUCAUUCCCAUAUCACAUGUAUGCCAGGCACUGUACGACGCUGGAACUACCCACCUCCGCUGUGUAUCGCCAAGUGUGGUGGGACUCUUAACAAUAUGAGUAAUGUGAUUCUGAGCCCUGGCUUCCCUGGAAACUACCCCGGCAACUUGGACUGUACAUGGAGCAUCCUCCUGCCCAUCGGAUAUGGAGCACACAUCCAGUUUCUGAACUUCACUAGCGAAGAUAACCAUGACUUCCUGGAGGUGCGUAAUGGGCCUCAGCACAGCAGCGAACUGAUUGGCCAGUACAGCGGCAGUGAACUUCCUGCUCCCCUCCUGAGCACAACGCAUGAGACAGACAUCCGCUUCUUCAGCGACCACUCGCAAAAUCGCCAGGGCUUCAGGCUCACGUACCAAGCUUAUCAAUUACAAAAUUGUCAAGAUCCAUAUCCAUUCCAUAAUGGAUACAUAAUCCACAGUGACUUCAGUGCAGGGCAGUCCAUAACGUUUGAGUGCUAUCCGGGGUAUGUUCUGGUUGGUUAUCCAGUGUUAACAUGCCAGCAUGGAACCAACCGCAAAUGGAACCAUCCGUUUCCACGUUGUGAAGCACCCUGUGGCUACAACGUGACUGCUCUGAACGGUACGAUUUUUUCACCCGGAUACCCCAACGAGUAUCCGGAUUCACAGGACUGCCUGUGGCUCAUCACAGUGCCACAUGGCCAUGGAGUGUACAUCAACUUUACACUGCUCCAGACUGAGCCUGUAAAUGACUACAUUGCAGUGUGGGACGGACCAGAGCAAAGCAACCCACAGCUUGGAAUCUUCAGCGGCAAUACAGCCCUGGAGUCAGCAUACAGUUCUUUCAAUCAGGUUCUUAUCAAGUUUCACAGUGACUUCUCCACGAGCGGAUUCUUUGUCCUCAAUUUCCACGCUUAUCCUCUGAAGAAAUGCUCCCCUCCCCCUGCCGUGGAUGAGGCAGAAAUAUUGUAUGAAGAUGGAGACUAUGAAAUAGGUGACAUUGUAAGAUAUCGCUGUUUUCCUGGGUUCACCUUGGUCGGCAACGAUGAGCUCACCUGCAAGCUUAACUCCCACCUACAGUUUGAAGGCCCUCCUCCAGUGUGUGAAGCUCAAUGUCCUGCAAAUGAGGAGCUGUCCAAGUCCUCUGGAGUAAUCCUGAGUCCAGGUUUCCCAAAAAAUUACCCCAACUCACAGACCUGCUCCUGGAUCAUCAAAGUGUUGCCCUCCUACACCAUUUCCAUUUAUGUGGAGUUGUUUCAGAGUGAAAAGCAGUUUGAUGAGCUGGAAAUCUUUGAUGGGCCAUCUGGACAAAGCCCGUUGUUGGUGGCGCUUAGCGGAAACCACUCUACGCAAUUGAACUUCACAAGCAAAACGAACCAGCUUUACCUAAGAUGGUCAACUGAUCAUGCCACCAACAAGAGGGGCUUCAAAAUACGCUACACGGCGGCAUAUUGCAGCAUGAGUGCACCACCCAAGAACGGCGGGAUCACCAACAGGACAAAAGAGCGGCCAGGCAGCCGAAUUCAGUACUACUGUAAUGCAGGCUAUAGGCUUGUUGGUCAGCACAAUGCCACAUGCCAACUCCAUCCGAAUGGACUCUAUCAAUGGGAUGCUCCAGCACCACUUUGUCAAGCAAUAUCAUGUGGUGUCCCAGAAAGCCCGAGCAACGGCUCCUUCCAUGGGCUACAGUACACUGUGGGCAGCUCUGUGAGGUAUGAAUGUGACGAGGGCUUUUGGACUGAGAAUACCACCCUGCUUUCUGCUGUUUGCCUAGAGGAUGGCACCUGGAGCAAUGCGGCUCGUCCACCUCGCUGCUUACCGAUUCAGUGUCCCAACAUCGAGAGUAUGCUUUCAGAAAACAUGGUAUGGCGCCUAAUCUCGGGCACGCUGAAUGAACUCGGCUCUCAGAUAAUGUUGAGCUGCGUUCCUGGCUACUACCUGGAGGGCCAAAGAACUAUCAAGUGCUUACCAAAUGCAACCUGGGAAGGACUGGAGGGGAAGUCAACUUGCAAAAUUAUCUCCUGUGGGGAGUUGCCUUCUCCUCCUAAUGGUAAGAAGAUGGGUACACUGACGACCUUUGGUGCCACAGCCAUCUUCAUGUGCAAUACAGGCUACACGCUAGUCGGCUCCCACAUGCGCGAGUGUCAGGCCAAUGGCCUCUGGAGUGGAGUGGAGAUUAAAUGUCUGGCUGGUCACUGUGAUUCGCCUGACCCCAUCACUAAUGGCCACAUCAGCGGCGAUGGCUCCAGCUACAGAGACACAGUAGUAUAUCAGUGCAACCUGGGAUUUCGCCUCAUUGGGACCUCAGUGCGUAUUUGCCAGCAGGACCACAGGUGGUCAGGUCGAGCACCUGUCUGUGUUCCCAUUACCUGUGGCCAUCCUGGAAACCCAGCUAAUGGGCGGACGAAUGGGAGCGAGUUUAACCUCAAUGACAUGGUAAACUUUACAUGUAACACUGGCUACGUGUUGCACGGAACCGCUCGGGCCCAGUGUCGUAUGAAUGGCCUGUGGAGCAACCCACUGCCCCUCUGCAAAGUGGUAAACUGCUCUGAUCCAGGCUUUGUGGAGAAUGCUGUUCGUCAUUCUUCACAUCGCUAUCCUGAGAGCUUCAGCUACCAACACACAGUGAUGUAUCACUGUAAGAAGGGCUUUUAUCUGCUUGGCUCAUCUGUGCUCACCUGCCAGUCAAACGGCCUGUGGGACAGAUCGCUUCCUAAGUGCCUUUCUAUUUCUUGUGGUGAUCCAGGCACCCCCCCCUUUGCCGUCCUCUCAGGCAGGAAGUUCACCUACGGUGCAGUAGUUAGUUACUCCUGCAGUCAGGGUCGAACCCUGGUGGGAAAUGCCACACUCCAUUGCCAGGAGGAUGGGCGCUGGAGUGGCUCACCACCCUACUGCUCAGGUGGCAGUGUGGGGUUUUGCGGUGACCCGGGUGUUCCACCACAUGGUUCACGCCUGGGAGAAGAGUUUCGUGUCCGAAGCCUCCUGCGCUUCACCUGUGAAGCGGGAUAUAUGUUGAGGGGCUCCUCAGAGCGUACCUGCCUGCAGAACAGUUCAUGGAGUGGCAACCAGCCUGUGUGUGAGGCUGUGUCCUGUGGGAAUCCUGGAACUCCAGCCUUUGCUAGGAUCGUGUUCAGUGACGGAAUGCACUUCUCCAGCUCGGUGUCGUACUCCUGCUGGGAGGGCUACAAGACCACAGGACUCACAACUCGCCACUGCACCACCAACGGCACGUGGACCGGCUCAGCUCCGGAUUGCACAGUUAUCAGCUGUGGAGAUCCUGGUCCCAUUGCCAGUGGAAUUUACAUGGGGAGUGAGUUCACCUUUAAUAAGACGGUCCGUUAUCGCUGUAACCCUGGUUACAUCAUGGAUCCUCCAGGGCGGGACACACUCUACUGCUCCAAAGACGGCACGUGGAAUCAGACCAAACCAAGCUGCAGAGUGAUCAUGUGUGGCCAGCCCCCGGCUAUCCGCAACGGGAAAGUGGAGGGCUCUGAUCUGCAGUGGGAUUCUAGCGUGGCCUACAGCUGUUUCAGUGGUUAUCAGUUAUCCUCUCCUGGAAUCGCUACAUGUGAGGGGAACGGAACGUGGCGCGGUGAAAUCCCUCAAUGUUUGCCGGUGUUAUGUGGGGACCCUGGAACUCCUGCAGAGGGCUACAGAGAAGGCAAGCAGUUUACCUACAUGUCUGAGGUAUCUUUCUACUGCCGCCCCACCUUCCUGCUAGUGGGCUCCUCCAGGAGAGUGUGUCAGGAGGACAGCUCAUGGAGCGGACUGCAGCCUUCCUGCAUCGAUCCAGCAUAUAAUGCAUGUAAGGAUCCAGGAACACCUGCGUAUGGAAUUCCACUGCAAGCUCAGGGAUUUAUGGUGGGAAGCAAGGUUUUCUUCAGAUGUAGAAAAAAUUAUCAUAUCCUCGGGUCUACCACCAGAACGUGCCUGGAAAAUCUGACUUGGAGUGGCAUGCAGCCGGAAUGUGUCGCUCACACGUGCCGACAGCCUGAGACGCCAUCUCAUGUGGAUGUGAGGGCCAUCGACCUGCCUACACUGGGCUACACCCUCAUGUACACAUGCCAAGAUGAAUUCUUUUUGGCCGGGGGAUCUGAGCACAGGACAUGCAAGCCAGAUGGACGGUGGUCGGGCAAACCACCUGUCUGCAAAGUUGGACCAAAAAUAAACACCAAGUCAAAGGGAGACCCAGACAUACAGAAAAACAAGAUUCGGGUGCCUGCAGACGUUUUCUCUUUUAACUCGGGCUGGACUGGUUUUUAUGAGUACCUUGGCAAGAGACAGACUGCUACAAUAACAGUGACUGCUUUCAACGCGUCGACGAGCAGAGUCAACGUCACGCUUUUAGAACAAAGCGGGGUGCAGAUCAAGCUUUCGGGGACUUACAAAAAAGAAGAAAAUCAUUUAUUACUCAAAGUCUACCAGAUACGAGGUCCAACAGAGCAGUACUUCAGUAAAUUCAAAAAUGACAACUGGGCAAUGGAUGGUUAUGUGACAGCUGAGUCUGAAAAGAAAAUGUUUGUUUACCAAGGUCACAUCCACAGCAAAGAUUUUGGCAAGUUUCAGCUGACAAGACAAGCUCUUGUCACUACAGAUAUGGAUCCUUCCAAUCCGUACUAUGGAACCAACAGCAGCUCGGUAGCAGCUGCCAUAUUGGUCCCGUUCUUCGCUCUCAUUCUGUCAGGGUUUGCCUUUUACCUCUACAAACACAGGGUACUAUCACAAGAGACAGAUGAGAAUGAGAGACCCAAAGACGUAAUCAGGGCCGGCUCCAGGACAAGACCAAAAGUCCAAUACAAUGGCUACGCAGGGCACGAGAACACUAACGGACAGGCAUCGUUUGAGAACCCCAUGUACGAUACGAACAUGAAGCCGACUGAGGCCAAAGCCGUGAGGUUUGAUACGACGCUCAACACAGUGUGCACAGUAGUAUAGCCCUCAUUAGCAGCUCCAGACACUGGGAACCACAUGCCAAUUUCUUCAUAACUGAACGCACUUUGGUAGGUAUGUGAACUCCUCGCUGUGAACACGCUCGGAACAAUUUCAAGCAUUGACAGCUUUUUUUAAGAACACAAAAGGAAAACAAUGGAAAUUCUCACAAAAAAAAAAAAAAAAAAUUCUUUUUUCUGGGAAACCAUGAUUGCGUGCUGUCUUUGACAUGGACAAGUUUCUCAGAGCAAUGAAUAGCACCACUAACAGCACACACAGGGUGGAAGGGGUGGUUGUUGUUUUUUUUUUUUGUUUGUUUGUUUGUUUUUUUUAUCCUCCUUUUUUCAUGUCUUUCUUCCCCCCCAACCAAUCAAACGAGCUCAUUUGGGAAGAUGAAGUGUCUUUUAAAUGCCACAGAAUUUCUUGCAAAGUGUAUUUUCUUCAGUGAAGACAAAAGACAAAUAUAACAGACACUGGACUAGUGUGGCCGAGUGUACGACACUGGACAUCUCCAAGAAAAAACAAGACGUAAAGCUACCACGCGCAGCCGGAAAACUCUCUCUUCGGGUUGUGGAUGGAACUGUCAACUGCCGUGUGGCUAUUAAAGGAAAAAAAAAAAAACUUUAUCGCACAAAUUUUGCACUAGUAUGAGAAGGAUGUGAAAUGGGUUCAUGGAAUAAACAUAAAAAAAAAACAAAAAAAAAAAACACAGGGUUACUGACAAUAUGUAUAUAAUCAUUGUAAUUCCAUAUCCAUAAACAGCAUGAUGUCAUGCUAUGUCUAUCAAGAGAGAGCUUGAUUCUAUUUUCUAAAUUAGAUCUGCAAAUAAAGUUAUGUUUAUGUUUACAUAAACCUAUCAGAAAGGUUAUGACACACUUUAGGCUUUGGAAUGAUUUUCUGAAAGCUUCACAUCUCAUUCCAUUCAUUUGUUUCCUCCAGAAAUGUGUUUAAUCAUUAUCUUUUCUUUUCUUUUUUUAUCUAACUGAAGUGAAAUUCUGGACAUAAAACAUUACUCUUUCACUGAAUAUUUAGCACAGUUGAUCCCAGAUUUUGUCCAGUUUGUCUCCCAACCUGAUGCAGGUUCAUAUCUAUACUUCACUAAUGCUCCAUUUUCUCGUUAUGUAACAUUACUUUCAUGGCUUGUCUUUUAUGCCAGGAUAAUGUACGUUAAAUGCCUUCAUGACCUUUUUCCAGUCAUAAUUUCACUCCUGCUUCAUCAUCUCUCCUCAUUAAUGUAUCCUGGUACCUCAACUUCUCCAAGAUCCUGACUCAAUGAAAGAUCAAAUGUACUCUUAAAGAAACACUGCCUUAUUAGAUUCAGAAGCAUGACGGGGCCAUGUUCACUCAUCCAUAUCCUCAUGUAGUUUAGGAGCAUAUAUGGCUUCAUGGGAGCAGAUUCACUGUGAUUUUAAUAGCUUCAGUUGCUGGGUUUUAUUAACCAUGCAUGUAAAUGCUUUUAGCGUUUUUGUUUUUUUUUCAAAACAUCCUUAUAAAACACAACCUUGAGCCUAAGUUGUUCCAUGUUUCCAAAAGUAUGUUGUCAUGUGCACUUGUGUGCUCGCCAACGACAUUUAAAAAUUUGUCAGAAAUCGAUUUUUUUAGGACUUGGGGAAAAAAAUCAAAAACUAUACUCUAUACUUGAGCACUUGUAACUUUCCAUACACUUUGGACUGUAAACCGCAAUUGUGUACCAUCACUAACUUAGCCUCAUAUGCACAGCACGAUAUUGCAGUAAACGUGCUUUUAGAGAUUAUAUAUUUUUUCCCCCCAUUAUAUGAUCCACAAGCUUCUGGAGGAAUUAGCUGUUUUCUUAAAACAUUUUUAAAGCUGUCAGACAGAUUGAGGCACAAGUGUUGGGUACAGCAGGUUGGACCGGUCAUAAAGUUAUUGCGCAUUAUAAUAGCACCUACUUUACCCCCCUUCUCACACUCUAUCAAACAUCACGCAGUCUGCCAAAUAUCCCACGUCAUGCCUAUCUUCAGGCUUGCUGCAAUAACGCUGACAGUUUUUUUCUCUCCCCCCCUCCACUACUGUAAAAUAAGCAAUUCACAGAGCUGUAAAACUGCAUUCAAGCCAACAAUCACACCAUUCAUACAUGUCAUUCUGCUGUCAUGUGCUGCUGACUUGAAGUAGGUGCAAAAGAAAAUGGUUUUGUACAGAAAUCUAUUUUUUAUGAGGAAUUUGUAAAAUGAUUAAAUAUGCUGUACUUUUUUUGAUUAAAUGUAGGUAAAAUUGUUAAAAUAAAUGUUUUUACUGUAUAAAAUGUAAAUUAAUGGUUUAUCUACCUGUAAGUAUAUAUCCAUGGUUGAAACAUUUUCCAGCAAAAAUGUCAGUAUGUACGAGCUUUUAUGACGCAUCUUGCUCGUAUGUGUUCUUUGACGUGAGAAAACCCUAGAGAACUGUACUACAGGUUGUUAAAUUACACAUAUUUUCAAAAAUAUUACUUCAGAUAAAUAUUAAAGUAUUUUAAAAUAUUCA